UGCCUCCAGAUGAGUAGAGGGAUCUUCACUCUCGUCGCUCCAGCGGCUGGACCGUCCUACGAUACUUUGGCAUCCUACAGUAAUACAUUCCAAAUGCCAUUCCUGAGUCCAGCAUUUCCUGAAACAAGCUCCGAACGACCGUCCACUUAUGGUAUCAGCCUCAAACCUCAAUACCUCGAAGCCAUCUUGGAUGUUAUUAAGCAUUAUCAGUGGAAGCAUAUUAUAUAUCUGUAUGAUUCUGAAAAUGGUUUAUUAAAAUUACAACAUAUAUUCCACUUAACUACUGAUAAAUAUAAAUUAGAAGUUCGAGUGGUUAAGAGGAUAUCAAGUGCCAAAGAUGCAAAUGAAUUUCUCAGUUAUCUAGAAAACAGCGAUCGACAGGGACUAAAAUAUGUUAUUUUGGACUGUAAUGCCACCACAGCUCAAGAUAUUAUCGUCAACCAUGUGAAACAUAUCCACAUGGGAAGAAGAAACUACCAUUACCUCUUAACAAGUUUGGUAUGUGUAUUUGUAUGUAGGUAUAUAUUUGAUUUGUGUUUAGGUAUAUACGGUUUAUUAAAAUUACAACAUAUAUUCCACUUAACUACUGAUAAAUAUAAAUUAGAAGUUCGAGUGGUUAAGAGGAUAUCAAGUGCCAAAGAUGCAAAUGAAUUUCUCAGUUAUCUAGAAAACAGCGAUCGACAGGGACUAAAAUAUGUUAUUUUGGACUGUAAUGCCACCACAGCUCAAGAUAUUAUCGUCAACCAUGUGAAACAUAUCCACAUGGGAAGAAGAAACUACCAUUACCUCUUAACAAGUUUGCAACGUGCUUUUUGA